AUGUCAAUUAAAAUAUUUAUAUCAGGAGAUGCCAACAAAUUUGACUUUCAUUUGGAUGAAUCGAAUACCGUCGAUGAUCUCUACAGUUUAGUCAAUAAUCUGUUUGGAGACGAUACAUUUAUUAUUGAAGAAAAUGGCCGUCCGAUUUGUGGCAAUGAGAAUGAAUAUCUGCGAACAAAUUUUACGUACAAAGUUUGGCCGAAAGUUUUAGGUGGAAAGGGUGGAUUUGGAUCGCUAUUGCGUUCUUUUGGUAAACAAAUUCUAAUAUCAAAGAAUAAAGAAGCCUGUCGAGAUUUGAAUGGUCGUCGAAUGAGAGAUGUUAACAACGAACAAAAACUAAAGGAAUGGAUGCAAAAAGAAUUAGAAAAGUCGGUAUCUUUGAGUGAUAACAAUUCAUCGGAGAAGAAAUCAAAAAAUGUUGAAGAGAAAGAUUACCGUAAUGUUCCUCCGCCACAUAAGUUUUCGGAUGCAAAAUAUGAUGAACAAAAACGUCAAAUUGCUGAUGAUGUUGAUGAGGCAAUUCAAGUAGCAGCACAAUUUGUUAAAUCAACAUCCUCAACAAAUAAGAAAUCAUCUUCAGCCAUCAGUAUAAAAGACGAUGUUACUACUAAAAAACAAAACAAGAAACGACAACGUUCAGACGAAGCAGAUGAUGAUGAUGAUGUGGAGGAGUUGGAAGAAGGUGAAAUUAAAAAGAAAAAGGCCAGGACAACAGAUGUAUGGCUGGGAAUUGAUGUGGGUGAUGUAUCAAGUGAUGAUGAAGAAGUAGAGAUCGAAGUCAAUAAGAAAAAAAAACUUCCAUUAAAUCUUUGA